AUGUCCAACAAUCUCGCGCCUCAAGAGUCAUCCAACGCGAAAUCAUCUCUCCCCUCAAUCCACGCCUCUCUCGCUAAAGAAGCCCCGCCGUCCGCAAACACAAAUCCCUCUCCCACAGCAACAGCAACAACUACAACAACCACCUUUACCAGGCGGAAAUCCAUAACUAAACACCGCAAACCAGCUCCGGACCCCCGUCAUCUAGCUAUAGCCCUCCACCACGCCCGUCAAAUCCAAGCCCGCAAAGACACUGAGGCUAUCAUCCUCUCCCGCAUCGAAGAGCUCCUCUCCUUCCCCAGUUCCCCAAUUGCCUUAGCAUCUUCCCCGCUCCCCGAAGACGUCAAAGCUUUCAAAGAAGCCCUCAUCCCUUUCCAGCCGUCCGACUAUGACAAUCUCAUCUUAGAGCGGAACAUUGACGGCCGCUGUGGCUACGCGCUUUGUGCUAAUGAACAUCGGAAGGAAGAUCCCCGGGCGAGGUUCAGGGUUGUGUGGGGGAAGAAGGGAAGCGGGCCUGGCGGCCGCGGAAAGGAGAUGAAGGUUGUCCCUAAGGAGCAGAUUGAGAAGUGGUGUUCAGACGAGUGUGCGGAGCGGGCUAUGUAUAUUCGUGUACAGUUGAUUCAGCAACCGGCAUGGGAGAGGACACCUGCCGCUCUGGGACAGGCACCGACGGAGCAGAUUUUGCUGUUGGAGGAAGGACGGGCGAGGCGGGAGAAGAAUACGACGAAGGGGAAGGAGAGUGAAAUAGGGAAAAGGGAGGUUAUGCAGGAAGAUCAGGUAGAGAUGGCGAAUGAUGUCGAGGAGGCUAUGCGCCUGCUGGUGAUUAGGGAUAAGAGUCUAGAACCCGAGGUGAUUAUGGAUGGAAUGGGUCGGUUGGCGGUCCAUGAUCAUGAUGAACCUGGUCAGGGUAAUCUGGCUAUGGAAAGGGGAGAUGGAACUCCGCAUCACCGCGGGCUGGAUGCUGGGCGGGUUGGUGUGAAUAUUUUUGAGAAACAACAUUCUCCGCAUCUAGAAGCUGCAGUUGCCAUGGUUCGGCCUCCGUCCUCCCGCGCGGAAGAUUUACAUGGUGGUUCGAUCGAAGGCUUUAAGCCAACGAGACAACUUGGUAACGCGAGGCGGGAUGCGUCAAAUGACGAUGGUGAUGAAGAUGAUGAUAUCCUCCCUACAAUUUAA